CCGACGACGCAUGCGCGGGCGGCGCGGUCUUAAGGGCGGCGGCGGCGGGGAGUAACCCAGUCGGCCUGUCAGCCGGCUUGGAGGCGCUUCCUGGCGCUUGCGCGGCUGAGGCCAUGGCGGCGGAGGAGGAGGAGGUGGACUCGAUAGACACCGAGGAGAGGUCAGGAUGGCUAACUGGCUGGCUCCCCACGUGGUGCCCUACAUCUAUGUCACACCUUAAAGAAGCUGAAGAGAAAAUUUUAAAAUGUGUCCCUUGCACAUACAAAAAAGAACCUGUUUGUAUAUCUAAUGGAAAUAAAAUAUGGACACUGAAGUUCUCUCCUAAUAUCUCCACUAAGACUCCGCUUGUCCUCCUGCAUGGUUUUGGAGGAGGUCUUGGACUCUGGGCACUGAAUUUUGGAGAUCUUUGCACUGAUAGGCCUGUCUAUGCUUUUGACCUGUUGGGCUUUGGACGCAGUAGUAGACCCAGGUUUGACAGUGAUGCAGAAGAAGUGGAGAAUCAGUUUGUGGAAUCCAUUGAAGAAUGGAGAUGUGCCCUAGGAUUGGACAAAGUAAUCUUGCUCGGGCACAACCUGGGUGGCUUCCUGGCUGCUGCUUACUCACUGAAGUACCCAUUAAGAGUCAGCCAUCUCAUUUUAGUGGAGCCUUGGGGUUUUCCUGAACGACCAGAUCUUGCUGAUCAAGACAGGCCAAUUCCAGUUUGGAUCAGAGCUUUGGGAGCAGCUUUGACUCCCUUUAACCCUUUAGCUGGCCUCAGGAUUGCCGGACCCUUUGGUUUAAGUCUAGUGCAGCGUUUAAGGCCUGAUUUCAAACGGAAGUAUUCGUCAAUGUUCGAAGACGAUACUGUGACGGAGUACAUCUACCACUGUAACGUGCAGACUCCAAGUGGUGAGACAGCUUUCAAGAAUAUGACUAUUCCUUAUGGAUGGGCAAAGAGGCCAAUGCUCCAGCGAAUUGGUAAAAUGCAUCCUGACAUUCCAAUUUCAGUGAUCUUCGGUGCCCGAUCCUGCAUAGAUGGCAAUUCUGGCACCAGCAUCCAGUCAUUACGACCACAUUCGUAUGUGAAGACGAUAGCUAUUCUUGGAGCAGGGCAUUAUGUAUACGCAGAUCAACCGGAAGAGUUCAAUCAGAAAGUAAAGGAAAUCUGUGAUACCGUGGACUGAAUACUCUGAAGCUGUUUGGGGAAACCUGGUGACUGAUACAGUUCUUCAAUAAUAAUUUAUAAUCGACUAUGAAGAGCAAGGAAUACAACACAAGAAGCAGGCAGUCUUCUUGACUGUACUUUGCACAUGUUUUCCUUAUGAAGUUGCUUGCACAUUUAAACCAGUUAGUGCCUUCUAAAAGAAUGACUUUCCUUUCUCCUACACAAAAUUGAAAUACGUAAGAGUCGCCACAUUUAAUAGCUUUAAAUAAAAGGUUAUUUGUCCCUCUGA